ACUUGAUACCCCGAAACACUCACAAUGGCUCCCAAGAUCGCUAUCGUCUACUACUCCAUGUACGGUCAUGUCAAGACACUAGUAAGCUCCUCUAAUCAUCCGAACUUCCUCACCGUGUAGGUUCGGAUCUGUUACGACUUCGUACAGAGCCGUUCCGUACACUGCUGGUGGUCAUGAUAUCGAGCAAGCUCGCGUACUAACAGAAUCACACAGGCCGACGCUGAGCUCAAGGGCAUCCGCGAGGCCGGCGGAGACGCCACCCUCUUCCAGGUCCCCGAGACGCUCUCGGACGAAGUCCUGCAGAAGAUGUACGCGCCUCCCAAGCCCACCGACAUCCCCGUUCUGAACGACCCCUCGGAGCUCGAAGCCUUUGAUGCCGUACUCUUCGGCAUCCCCACGCGCUACGGCAACUUCCCCGCCCAGUUUAAGACCUUCUGGGACAAGACCGGCAAGCAGUGGCAGCAGGGCUCUUUCUGGGGCAAGUACGCUGGCCUAUUCAUCAGCACCGGCACGCUCGGUGGCGGCCAGGAGUCGACGGCCAUUGCCGCCAUGUCGACCCUGACGCACCACGGCUUCAUCUACGUUCCCCUUGGCUACAAGACGGUGUUCGCCCAGCUGGCUAACCUCGAGGAGGUCCACGGCGGAUCGCCCUGGGGCGCGGGAACCUUCUCCGGCGCUGACGGCAGCCGUCAGCCUACUGCGCUCGAACUCAGCAUUGCGACUGAGCAGGGCAAGGUAUUCUACGCCGCAGUGGCCAAGGCUCACCCGUGACUAGAUGGCACAUCCAAGACGGGGUCCAAGGCUGAGCAGGCUGCUCCAGCUGCCGUGGCUAAUGGCA